GUUUAAUUUGUUAAUUACAUUUUUAUGGAUCAAGGACAAAAAACAGACGGCCAGCAGCACCUAUUGUGCUUGGUUGACAAAAGUUAGAUGUUUAAGCUUUCGGGUGUAAAGAAAAAAAUCUUCUAGACAUCCACUUGAAUACACGGACAUAAUUGUAUAUAUUGGUUGAAUACUGAAAGAACAAACAAGGAAGUUUAAAAGUGAUGUUAUUACAAAUCAAGGAUUCAAAACACCGCACUCUCAAGGUUAUCUUCAUAUAACAAUGCGCACAGCGAAAACAUAUCAUUUGAAAUAGCUUUAAUUAUGGCACUCCAGGGUAUUGACCAUACAUAUAAUGUUGAGAAUUCGUCGGCUGAUGCCACCAUCUACUGUAGUCCCUGUGAAAAAGGGGGUGGUAGCGUUCCCGCGAAUGGCUUCUGUAACAACUGUAAAGAACACCUCUGCUUAAGCUGUCUCAAAGUCCAUCAACAAGACCAUGUUGUAGUCAGUGAUAAUGGCAUGCCCUCUUUUUAUUCUUCUAUCAGGACAGAUGGUAAGAAAAGAUUAACUGGAUUAACCGAACACUGUCCGAAUCAUUCUAAUGAAGUUAUCAAAUUUUUCUGCUCCAAACACGAUUCCCUUAGUUGCAGAUAUUGUAUUGCUGAUGACCAUAACUCAUGCAAAACUGACUACAUACCAAACAUCGCUAAAGACUUUGUGCAGGGCAAGGGCUUUGAAAGGCUACAUACCAACAUUGCAAAAGUGGACCGCGACUUAAAAAAAUGUGGUAAACUGAUUGAAACAUGUCUGAAAACUGUAGAUGAAGAGGUAACCGAAGAACUCGACCAAAUAAGAGCGCUCAGAGAGGAAUUGGUUGCAUUCCUCGACAUGAGAGAAAAAGAGCUGCUAGCCAAGGUGAAUGAUAUCAAGAAAAGCAAUGAUGAAAAUAUUCGAUCUUUUAAAAAGAAAUGCCAGGUUGCAAAAGAUAAAAUGAACGCAAUCAAAUCCAGUCUAGAAUCACAUGAAAAUAACAUUAAUCAGUUAUUUAUUGUGGCUAAACAGUCCAAACGUCAGCUGGAGAAAAUCGAAACAACCUUGGAUGACAUAAACUCAAAUAUGUCAAUGCUGACUUCCAAUUUCGUUGGGGACUAUGCAACAACUGAUCUGAUGAAGUCCCUAACAGCCUUAGGGACUAUUAAGGAAACCAAGAGAAUGCCACUACAAAAGCAAACAAUGAAAGGUUUCCCAUUCAGAAAGGCCUCAUCAGCUGAAAUCGUUGCAUGGUCCUCCCAAGAUAGCGCAUUCUACCCCUGCUGGGUGAGUGGACUGAAGAUUCUGUCAGAAGACAAUAUACUUAUCGCUGAUUAUGGGUUCGGGAGUUGUUCUGUAAAAAUAUUGGACACGAAGAGAAAUAGAACUGUUUCUCAAUUGCAAAUGGAUUCCUAUCCAUGGCAGUUAUGCCUUGUGACCCCAACUAAAGCAGCAGUCACAUUGCCUAGAAAAGCAACAAUUCAAUUUGUAGAAAUCAAUGGCGAUGCACUUGCCAUCCAGGGAGAAAUCAAGCUAGAUGGAGAUUGCAGAGGCGUGGAUUAUCACGAUAAGAAGCUUUAUGUUUGCUUCAAAAAUGCUAAGAAAAUCGAAGCCAUGAGCCUCGUAGGAAGCAUGAUCCAUAAAAUUGACAACAAAUCAGUUGGAAACGAGUUAUUUAUGGGUCCAUUGAAUGUAAGAAUCGUGAAAGAGAAGUCACCAUGUGUCUUUGUUGUUGACAGAGAAAGCCACACAGUAAUUAAGCUUAGUCUUGCGUUGGGUGUUCUGGCUAAAUAUCAAGACCCCAUUUUGAAAUGUCCACAUGGUCUAGACUUGAUAGGGAAUGGUGACAUUGCUGUUUGCGGGAGAGAUACCAACAAUAUUGUUCUCAUCGACACUGCAGCAGGUACGAUGAAAACACUGCUUGGUGCAAAUGAUGGAUUAGAAAAACCGAUCAGCGUGUGUUUCUUACGUAGUCAGCAGAAAAUGUUCGUUGGAAGCAAGAAGGGUAACUAUGUCAAGAUAUUUACAUUCGAACGAAUAAUUGAAUAGGCUUUAGAGGAAAGCUUCGUCAGUAGGGUAAAGAGAAUAUAUCAGCAGAAAGAAUUCAACUGAUAUUCAUAUAUUUUAUGGUCCAUAUAAAGUUAUAAACAAAUUAACUAGCCAGAACAGAGAUUACUUCCUCUCGUGUAUUAAAUUUUCGGGCUAAACAUCAAGACCCUAUUGUGAUGUUUCCGCAUGGCCAAACAGGAUGUGUUAGGGAACAGCCAACUAGCUGUGUGUGGGUCGUGCGUGCGUGCGUGCGUGCGUGUGUGUAUGUGAGUUAACUAACACUGCUGGAUUCAAAGGUUGGAUUGCACAAACCAGUAGAUUGGAUAACCCAUUUAGUGUUUGCUUCUCCCGGAGUCAGCAGAACUUGUUCGUUGGAGGCAAUGGGCAUGAUCAUAUUAAGACAUUAACAUUCAAAGCUAUGUAGCUUUUCCCAGAGACGACACUUCACAGAGUGUUGCAUUGUUAGCACGAUGACAACAUAGUCAAAAUAAUUGAAGGUUGACGGAUUUUUUACUAUUUUUGAUAUGGCAAAUCCUUCACGUACAAUUUGUUUUGUACCAAAAGUGGGUAGUUAUUCCGACCGGAAUUCCGGGUUAAAGCAUAAUAUUGCUUCAAUAAACUAUCAUAAAAUCAAGAAAUAUUACCAGAUAAUGUUAUUUUAUAUUAGUUCCUUACACAAAAAAUGAAUCGAAACACCUCGGAGAUGGGCGGCCGAGUUGUUACCAUUGUAUUUACGAGGUCUAUCUCGAAGUUUGUCGGAGAUGGUCGAGUUGUUAGCAUUGUAUAUACGAGGUCUAUCUCGAAGUUUGUCGGAGAUGGCCGAGUUGUUACCAUUGUAUUUAGGAGGUCUAUCUCGAAGUUUGUCGGAAAUGGUCGAGUUGUUACGAAAAUAAAAAGCAAAAUAACAAUGUUCGUUUUUGUGAUACACUUUACAAAAUGGUCUCCACUUUUGUGUGAAACAAUGUCGUUACUUUUUUUCUAGAUAAAUGGAAAUCAUCACACCAUACCUUGUUGAAGAUUUGUUGUUGUGUUUUGUAUAAAAUGUGCACAAAAGGGAUGCUAUUCAAUAUGCUACUUAUGACAUUAUGGUCAUACAUCAUUAGUUUCAGUCACUGUUUAGGUCCGUUAUUUACAUGACACAAUCCAAUUAGCUAGUAUAUCGUUUUUAGAUCCAGUUGAGACCAAUUUUGAAUACCAUCCAAGACUUUAAUUUGGAAUGUAUUAAGUAUGUCUGUAUGAAUUUAUCAAUAACCAUUAGUCAGUUUAUUUUCUCACAUGUACAGGUAAUUAUUAACAUUUAAAAGUAGACAUGUGAUACGUUAUGGAUGUUGUGUUGAUAUUGCUGAUUAAUAUUUCGGGUUGUGCUGUUGAUAAUGUUCAUUGAUAUGUCGAACCUGCAUGGUGAGAUUGAUAAUGCUGAUUAAUAUUUCGGGUUGUGCUAUUGAUAAUGUUCAUUGAUAUGUCGAACCUGCAUGGUGAGGUUGAUAAUGCUGAUUAAUAUUUCUGGGGUUGGUGCUGCUAAUAGUUAUCUAUAGUUCUUGUGGUGGUGUUGAUAAUGCUAAUUUAUAUCUCUGGUCGUGGUGUCGAUAAUAGUUAUUCAUUUUUUUGGUGGUGGUGUUGCUAAUAGUAGUUAUAUAUCUGGUUGUGGUGUUGAUAAUGCUGAUUAAUAUUUCUGGUGGUGGUAUUGAUAGUGCGGAUAAAUGUUUCUGGUGGUGGUGUUGAUAAGGCGGAAUAAUAUUUCUGAUGGUGGUAUUGAUAAUGCUGAUUAAUAUUUCUGGUGGUGGUAUUGUAGUGCGGAUUAAUGUUUCUGGUGGUGGUGUUGAAAAUGUUAAUAUUAAUAUGUCCGGUGUUGCGUUUGCUUAUGGUAAUUAAUUGGCAAAUGUUCGACAACAAACUUAACAUAAGCAAUACACGUCUGGAAUUCGGACCCUUCUGCCAGUCCAUAGACAAUCGCUUGACCUAAAAAACAGACGCUUUAAAAUUUGUUUUUCAUAAUUCAUUGUGAUUGUGUAAACAUUUAUAGCUUGUUCUUCUGUAUGUAUUUUUAUUCUAUACUAAAGUAAAUCCUAAACAAUGUAUACUAUAUAUACUUUGUUGAUACUCCGUUUUAAGUUAUUGUAUGACAUGAACAUCUUAGAUUUGAAUUAAACAUUUUAAUCAGUUUUUUAGUCAUUAACAUGUCAUUAUUAUGCCCUUACCAUUUGGGGCUAUAUACGAAUCACCUUGUCCCGUACGUCCGUCGGUCCUUCUUUCUGUCCGUCCUGGGACAUCGGGACAAGUCUACUUUUCUCCAUAUUAAAACUAAAUAUGUUUUUUAGGUAUUGGCUAUUUUUUCAUGUUUCUUGCUUGUAUUUUUUUGUUUUUAUGUUUUAUGUCUUUGGCGUUUAUGUUUAUGUUUAAACUUUUUGCUACUGAGCUUGUUUCUGUAGUUUUUCGCAUACAUAUUUAUAAAAACUUUGUACACAUAUUAACCGUGUUAAGCUGAAGUGCUGUGCAUAAGAAACAUUAUUUCAUGUAUGGUAUUUUUUGCACGUUUAUUUUUCUUCACUCCAUAACUUCAUAACAUUCUCGGUAUUGACUUUUAACUUCGUACACAUAUUGAUUAUGUUCAGGAGGAGUACUGUGCAAUUUGUUUUAUUAUAACAGUCAACUCGGUUAAAAACUGUGCUAUGCUGUGAAAAGCAAAAAAGGAAGAUUCAUGCAUUAUUCCACAGAUGUUAGUAGUUUCUUAUUCUAGUAGCCAUUAUCUUCAUAGGGCAUUCUUGAAGACGAAAGAAACAUUUUGGUAAAUUGGUUUCUUUCCAAACAAAUCAAAACAUAUUUCAAGUUAUUUCAGUUGGCUCAAAGUCUGUUAAAGAAAUAAUACAAUUCAAUAUACUUAAAGAUGCACUAUUACUCCCAAAUAAGAUUUACCAUAUUUAAUACAAUUGUUUUAAUUUACCAAAAAGGAUUAAUAAAUGUUUAAAAAAAAUGGUUCUUAUGAAGGAUACUGUGUUUAAUUUGAAAGAAAGGUGCAGAAAACACAGUAUUUCUACCUUAUGAGACGAUAGUAGAUCAAAUUAAAUCUCUUAGCAUUCACCAAUCAUUUAAUAUUUUGCCUUUUCAGCUAUUAAAUUCACGUUAUCUUGUUAUCAGUAAUUAAUUUUUUUUUUCAUAAAUGUAAUAUUUAGUAAGCAGUUAAAGGUGUAACAUAUACUCGACUUUAAAUAAAGAUUCUUAUAUCGUA